UACACAACUAUCAGAUUGAACAAGAAUUACAAUUAUAUUCUUGUCGUCGAAGUAGGUUUUUUUUAAAAAGUGCACCUCUCGACCAAGAAACAAGAAAGUUCUGAUUAUCAGCGCAGUGGCUGGCUGUUUUUUGACGUGGUGUUCUUUCUUCCAUCAAUAACGGGUGCAAAAUAUCGAGUGUUUCCAUUGGUUGAAAAAUAAACACAGCGGCAAUAGUUACACCACUGCUCCUCUACAAACUAUAUAGAGGAAUCCAAAAUCGAGUUGAUAAAAAAAUUGUGUAAAUGCGAUUGGUGACUGUGUUCAUUUUUCAUUUCUCGGGCACGCGUGAGACGACGACGUACGACGGAGAGCUCGUGCGACCGUAAAUUGGUCGCUGUUGGUCGUUCGGUAUAGAAUGUUGGGGCCCGUCCUAAACUGUCGUUUAUUUUGUAUAGCGAGAAACAAUAAAAAUAUUUUUUUACAUCGACGAGUCUCCAGCCGAUACAGCCAGAUAUCGCAUCAAAUAAUUUUCUGCAAAGGUCGUUCCUUCGAUCUAACCAAACACAACUUACCAAUAAUAUCAGCUGCAGCGAUCAGGCAUUGCAGUGGAAACGUGAUCGAUCGCGCUCAAACUAAAAAAUGUGUACCUCAAUCGAAACCCGUGGUCACACCAACGAAAGCUCGUCUCGCAGUCGAUGGAGUUACAGGGGGAAAACCCGGACAGCAGAAACGCAAUUGUUUUCAUCCUGGGGUUUCUAGCUUGAGUAGAGAGAAUGGUAUUGUUGACAGUGAACCAGUCAACAGUUCACAAAUGAUGAAGGCAAUGCUCGGUUACAUAUGGCCUAAGGAUGAACCGGAAAUAAGAAAACGUGUAAAAAUCGCCGUUAGCCUGUUAGUCGGCGCAAAAGUCUUGAACGUUUGCGUACCCAUACUUUUUAAAAAUGCGGUCGAUACUUUGAAUUCCAUUUCGAUUCAAUCAGGAGGCGAAGCUAUUCUUGGUAUGGGAACAGCACCAGAAACCGUAACUACUGUCGCAACAGCUAUACUUUUGGGAUACGGACUAGCUCGCGCUGGUGCCGGAGGUAUGAACGAGUUGAGAAACGCUGUUUUUGCCAAAGUGGCACAGCAUUCUAUAAGAAAAAUAGCAAAAAACGUCUUUCUUCAUUUGCACAAUCUGGAUCUAAGCUUUCACCUUGGAAGACAGACCGGUGCUCUUUCGAAGACGAUAGACCGUGGAAGCCGAGGUAUCAAUUUCGUUCUCUCCGCAAUGGUGUUUAAUAUUGUACCAAUCUUCUUUGAAUUGGGCCUCGUUUGCACGAUUCUCGGAUUAAAAUGUGGUCCGGAAUACGCUAGUGUGGCGCUUGGCUGCGUUGGUUUCUAUACUAUCUUUACGCUCCUCGUUACGCAAUGGAGAACGAAAUUUCGAGUUUAUAUGAAUCGAGCUGAGAACGAAGCUGGCAACAAAGCAAUCGAUUCAUUGAUCAAUUACGAAACCGUAAAGUAUUUCAACAAUGAAAAAUUCGAAGCCGAACGGUACGAUCAAUCUCUUAAAAAAUACCAAGCUGCCUCACUCAAAACCAGCACAAGCUUAGCGAUGCUGAAUUUUGGUCAACAAGCGAUUUUCAGUAUCGGUCUGAGUGCAAUUAUGAUAAUGGCUGCUGAUUCAAUUGCGGCAGGAACUAUGACCGUCGGCGAUUUGGUUAUGGUCAACGCACUGUUGUUCCAGUUGUCGGUUCCUUUAGGAUUUUUGGGCUCUGUAUAUCGAGAAGUUCGACAAGCAUUCAUUGACAUGCAAACUAUGUUUACGCUUAUGUCCAAAGAUCCCUUAAUAAAGAACAGAGAGAACGCUGUUCGUUUCAUAAUUUCGCCAAACACUGCCGAUAUUUCAUUCAACAACGUGAGCUUCCAAUACAUAGAAGGAAAACCAAUUUUUAAUAAUGCGACUUUCACGAUCCCGAGUGGGAAAAAAAUUGCAAUUGUUGGAGGAUCGGGUUCCGGUAAAACAACGCUUAUAAGAUUGUUAUUCCGGUUCUUCGAACCGCAGCACGGCGAAAUAUUUAUUAAUGGACAAAAUAUUCAGGAAGUCGAUAUCAACGAUUUGAGACGAUCUAUCGCGAUAGUGCCACAGGAUUCUGUGUUGUUCCAUGACACAAUAUACCACAACUUGCACUACGGCGAUCUCACAAAAUCGCCAGAACAAGUGUACGAAGCUGCGAAAAUGGCAAAUCUCCACGAGGCCAUUCUAAAGUGGCCGAAAGGUUACGAAACGCCUGUUGGAGAACGUGGGCUAAAAUUGAGCGGUGGAGAAAAACAAAGAGUCGCGAUAGCUCGAGCCAUUUUGAAAAAUAGCCCAAUUUUAGUAUUUGACGAGGCGACAUCGUCGUUGGACUCAAUUACCGAACAGAAUAUUCUCGAGGCUCUUCGGCGAGCAACGAGCGGUCGUACAUCGAUCGUAAUAGCUCAUAGAUUAUCGACAGUGAUGGACGCCGACGAAAUUCUCGUAUUGGACAACGGAUGUUUGGUAGAUCGAGGGUCCCACGAGGAACUUAUGGCAAAGCCUCAAUCGAUAUACAACAAAUUGUGGGAGGCACAGUACAUGGGGAUGGACAAGAGUUCUCGGGCAGAAAAACCUUGAAAUGUUGAAAUUAUUUGGAGGACUCGCGGAUGGAUAAAUCAUUCGCUCGUUAGUCGCAUUGUAUAUUGUAAAUAAUAACGUAGGCGACAAAAACUACUAUUCGGACGAUGCAGGCAUCUUUGAUAGUGUUCAUUAGGAAUGUAAGGUUUUAGAAAAUGAAAGUAUAAUGCAAUGAAAUAUGGAUUUUCCAAAAGUUCAAAACGUUAUGAAGUCAUAAAUUUGAAAAAAAAAUAAAACAGACUCAAAUGAUAGAGAAAUAAAAACGAACUCAAUCCCCCUAAUAUAAUCAAUAAAGAUACAAAAACUUUUGAAAACAAAUACUAAAAUUGAACCAAUUCUGUCGAUUACAUUUUUUUAACAUUUGGAAUCUGUUGUUACAUACGUCUUUAUCCGAUGUAGAGUCAGCCGCUAAUUGACGUAGUUUAAUGUAAAUAUUGAAAUUCGAAACGCAUUGUUAAAUUCAUUUGAAUUUGAAUCCAAGUAACGUAAAACUCAAUGAAAAAAAACUUGAAAAUACAGUUUAAUUUUUUAACCAAACACGAAAGCGUUGCGAGUGAAAUAAUGUACAAAGCGUUGAUGGACAUAAAAAAGUGUGUCACGAAUGGGUGUUGAGUAUGGAACGAGAGCAGAAUUCUUUUCUGUUUAAAUCCUAAAAAUAUAGUAGCAUGUGAAAGAAGGUUUGUGGAUGAAAAUACACGCUUGGAGUAACACACA